GGCGAUUCACUGUAAUGGUUAAAGGCUGUGCAUAUUGGUCCUUGAGAACUCAAACCGAGGGGUUAAAAUAUAUUUUGAUGAAAUGUCCAUCUGUCACCACCCAGCCACCCACCCCUGCCAAAACAGGGUUACUUAGCCCUGGCUGUCCUGGAACUCACUGUAGACCAGGGUGACCUCAAUCUACCAGCCUCUGCCUUCCAAGUGCUGGAAUUAAAGUAGCCUGGAGCUGCUAUAUAGACCAAACUGGCCUCCAAGUCACAGAAAUCCACCUGCCUCUACCUCCUGAGAGCUAGAAGUAAAGGUUAAAAACGACAACGAACACCAACCAUGAAAGAUCCAAGUCGCAGCAGUACUAGCCCAAGCAUCAUCAAUGACGAUGUGAUUAUUAACGGUCAUUCUCAUGAAGAGGAUAAUCCAUUUGCAGAGUACAUGUGGAUGGAAAAUGAAGAGGAAUUCAACAGACAAAUAGAAGAGGAGUUGUGGGAAGAAGAAUUUAUUGAACGCUGUUUCCAAGAAAUGCUGGAAGAGGAAGAAGAACAUGAAUGGUUUAUUCCAGCCCGAGAUCUCCCACAAACUAUGGACCAAAUCCAAGACCAGUUUAAUGACCUUGUUAUCAGUGAUGGCUCUUCUCUGGAAGAUCUUGUGGUGAAGAGCAAUCUGAAUCCCAAUGCAAAGGAGUUUGUUCCUGGGGUGAAGUACUGACAUGUCUGAGCAGCCGGCCGCUUUGGGUGGAUGUAGCACAGUUUCCACACUGGGAAGGCAGUGUUAGAAGACUCCAUUGUAAAAGCUCUCUCUCGUCACUGUGUUACACUUACGCAUUGCCAAAGUUUUUGUUAGUCUUGCAUGCUUAAUAAAAGUGCUGAGACUGUUACUAAGUAAGAAGCUGUCACACAGUUACUGAAAGUAGAAUUGGCCGCAUGGCUUGAUGUAAAGACAGCAGGAAGAAGCACCAGUCGAUUGUGACAAAGAACCAAAUUAAAUCACCUCCAAAUCUCACUGAAUUGUCUGUCUUUGAGGCUAAACUGGUCCCUUAGGAUUAGUUGACACUUUUUAAUGUCUACACGUUGUAAAAAAAAUAAGUAAAUAAGUAAGUUUAAAUUAAGUUCUGAUUGUUAAACAGAUUUCUCAGUUGCAUUUGUCCAUCAAAAAUAACCUUUUCUGGAGAAAAUCUGUUAACUUUUAAAGUAAUUUCACAAGAAUGUCUUUGCCUGAGGUUACAAGGUGGUGGUCAGAUGGGAUCUAGUCUGUCUGACUUUUGCCUGGUGUAUUAUCAUGUUAGGAAUGCUGCGUUCUCCUAGUGUUAAGCUUGAGGAAAUACAAUUGGAGGCUUGCGUCUUCUGAAGAUUGAUUGCAUCAUACCAUCCGUGUGAAGUCUAACCAGGACCCACACCAACCCAUAACCCAAUUGAAGCACUCAAGAGACAGUGGCGUGACUUUGGUGCUCUUCCCUGCUUUGUUAAUAACCAUCAUGACUAUAGUCUGCAGCACACGUUUUCUUUUAACAAAGCUAGAACAGUUUUGGCUUCUUAAACUUCAUAUUUGAGUAGGUUAAGCUGCCAUACGUGUUCAGUGUGAAUAGUGUUUAAGUUGAAAAUAUUGUAAAAAAAUUAUAUUUUUUCAAAAAUAUUUAAAAAAAUAAAUGAUAGUAGAACUGA